UGCUCGCAGUCCGGCUCAGUCCUGCGCUGGCGACGCUGAACUGGCGGCUGCAACUGCGAAAAGACUUUUGUGAACUUUCCUGCUUUGGCUUUUGCUGAAGAUGGCCUAACAUCGACAGAGCCUCUGCUGGCCAGGGAUCGGCCGACGUGCGAGAGACACCCUCCUACCUCCAUCAACACUUCAGGGCUGCUUUGCAGAUGGGAGGUCACCAACCCGUCGCCCCUUUCUCCCAAAUGCUCCAUCUGCCCUCCGCCCUCAUCUAAGAUGGCUGCCCGGAGCCUUCUCCUGAAUCCGGACAGACUGGAGCAGAGCUGCGUGUUACCAUGGUGAUCAUUUUCUUGAAAACACUGGAAAAGAAGAAGGCUGUCGAUGAUGUGAGGUUCAACAACGCGGAGAGACGGCUGCAUAAGCACCACACCAUGAGCAGAGGGACCACCCUCUUCUCCCGUGGAACUGUGGAGGCAGACAGGUGGCUGGACCUGGGGCAAAGCUGCCAGCCCGGUGCCAGUCUGGAGAGCCUGUGGGACGGGAUGCCUGAGCCGGGCAGCUGGCACUGGGCCAAGGAGCCCGGCAGCGCCACGGCAAUCACCAGUCUGAUAAGAGAUCUGAGCCUCGGCAAUAGCGGCGCGACCGCCCCCGACUCCCCCGCCGCCGCGCCGGACACCACUACGGCCGCCGGCCGCGCUCCGGCGGCACCCCCGAGCAAACGUCAGUGUCGCUCUCUGUCGUUCUCCGAUGAAUUCGGUGGGUUCCGCUCGUCGUGGAGGCCCCAAGGCUCCCGAGUGUGGACGACCGUGGAGAAACGACGGUGCCACAGCGGAGGCAGUGUUCGGGGAGGACCGGGUUUCUCCGGCGGUCAUCUUCCCACCAUGCAGCGCAGCUCCAGCUUCAGUUUGCCCUCCCGCUCCAGCAUGCCCCCGGACGGCGCCGCGGAGCUGCCGUUCUUCAACCAGCGACUGCCUCUCCACCCUCGGUUCACCGCCUCUCCGGUCUCCCCGACCUCUCCUUCCCUCCACCAUCACCACUUCCUCAGGCCCCUCUCCCUCUCCCAUGAGCAGAUCAGCCUGCCAGAGCUUAAGAGGGAGGAGGACAGCUCUCCGGACUCCACCCCAGAAUUGGGGAGGCGAGCGGGCCUGAGAGGCAGGGCGCCAGGGUGUCUGUCCCGGAGCAAGUCCCAACCCUGCGUGCUGAAUGACAAAAAGAUUGGCAUGAAGCGCAGGAGACCUGAAGAUGCCCAGGAGCAGCGGCCCUCCCUGGACCUGGCAAAGAUGACUCAGAAACGUCAGACUUUUCAGAGCUUGAGCUGCCCCGGAUUCUCAGCCACCGACAGCUGCCAAUCAGGCCUGCUCCCUCCCACCUCCUACCAACCGGAUUUGGACUUCACUGGUGGGUCCGAGUUGAUUCUGGAGUCACGGCAGGAAGUGGCAGGAGAUGACGGGGAAGAGGAUUCUUCCUUUGAGGAGCUGGAUAGCGACUCGGCUUGUAGCGUGGACUCGCGGCCCGGCUCUCCUGUGGGCCGCAAACACACCCUCUGGAAGGGUGGGACACAGAGAGACAUUUUCCAGCUGGGUGGAGAGCUCGAUCUCGAUCAGAUUGAGAGAAACUGAACAUUUUAAUCGGAGAUUCAAAAUAGCGUGUGUCUGGACUGUUGCAGAACGUUAAUGGACAUUGCCGAUGCACCGAGAGAUGGCUAUUAGGAAGGGCUGUGAGGAAAAGGGUGGAGAGGCGGACUUUGAAAGGGAAAGAACAGGAAAGUGAUGGAUGAUAAAGGACUAAGUAUGUCGUUAAUGACUCCCUUUUUAAUGACACAUUUGCCUUGAACAUUCUUACUGUUUGAAUCAAGGAGCAGUGACCUUAGGUGGGUAUUUUAUUGGGUAUUCAGCUUAACUCAGGAGCAGGAAAGUGAGGGUUAGUCUUAAAAAAAAAAAACCUCCCAGCCCCCACUGUCUUUUCAACCUGAUGACCUUUCCAAAGUCAGCUAACCAUAGGUUUGUAGUACUGUAGCUGUAGCUGGGCUCCUCUGUAUUUAGCUUGAGUUUUUUUUUUCUUUUCUCAGAGAAAGUGGAGGUCAGGGAAGGGGUGAAACGGGGAGGGGGGAAACAACAUGAAGACUCUUACCCUUGACCUUCCUCUUUUGUCUUUUGUGCACAUAUGAAAAUCUAAUCUUGCUGCUGAAUGUAGGCUCAAUAAGCUUUACGAGGAGUUUGGAAAAUGACAGUGCCUUCUUUUGGAUGUUUGCUCGACCGGUUCUCUCGCCUCAAUCGAAGCCACCUUUUCUGACCUUUUGUUGUUGUUGUAGUUUCUAAAUAUGCAAAUUGUAUAUUUGAAUUAAACACUGAAUCUCAAGUUUUCAGUUCUAAUAUCAAUGUAUAUUUUUCGAAGUAACUUGUCUUUUAUGAGUUGUUUGCGAAGGAGGAAGAAUACGAGGCCUUUUCUCUAACCGAAUGGACAUGAAAUAAAUGUACAACCUGCA